AAAUUUUAAACUGAAAGGCGGUCACACAGUUUAAUUGAAACCAAAACACAGCAGUUAACUACGAAUAAUCGCGAGAAAUACAACUAAAAUGGAGACUGUGAAGGAACUGGUUCAAUUCAUGCAACGAAAUCAACGACUGGACUUAAAGGCAGUAGCCCUCACCCACGUGUUAGGAUUAACUGGCAGCUCGGAGGGCAAGUCAGCCAUACUUUCGCUGGAUGAAAUGCUGAUGGCCAUUUUUGGACUGACUUUCGAUGAGAAUCAAACGGUGGCCAAGGAUGCUGUUUUGAGCCUAAUAAAUUUAACGGCCGAAGAGGAAGCAGCGAUCAAAGUUUUCCAACUGGCGAAACAAUUGACACCGGCAUUCGCCAUCGUGGAAGUGGCUGCCAAGGAAAUAACCAACGAGCAAUCCGAUCUCGCGGAUCCCUGGAGCAUGGUCUUGAGCAACCUAACGCGGGUGGAAUCUCUGGUCCACGAGAUCCUGGACACGCUGGAGAAGGAUGAUCAGACGCUGCCCCGCUUGGCAAAGGCCUUCGCACAACUGGACUACAACAAAAAGAAGGCCAAGCUGCAUUACCUGGCGCCCAUCUUCUGCAAUCUGACGCAGGUGCCUCGGGGCAGGGAACUGUGCUGCCACCGGAAGUACCAGUUGCUGGAGAAACUACUGCCCUUUGCCUCAUUCGAGGGCAGUGUGGUGCGGCGAGGCGGCACCAUUGGCAUCCUGAAGAACGUUUGCUUCGACACGGUCUACCACGAUGUGAUCCUGAACGAGCAGAGCAGUAUUCUGGUGGCCAUCCUGCAGCCGCUGUGCGGCCCGGAGGAGUUCAGCGACGAGGACAACGAACUGCUCCCCAUCGAGCUGCAGUACCUGCCGGAAAGCAAAACGCGCGAAGAGGAUCCCGAUUUGCGGAAAAUGCUGCUGGAGUGUCUGCUGCAACUGUGCUCCACGCGUCGCAGCCGUGAGAUUCUGCGCUCCAGGGGCGCCUAUGAGAUCCUGCGCGAGUACCACAAGUGGGAGGCCAAGGUGGCCAAGGACAGCGACUGUCUGCUGGCCUGCGAGAAUGUGGUGGACAUUCUAAUCAAGAAGGAGGAGGAGAUUGGCCUGGACAACUAUAAAACCGAAGUGGAAGUGCCUGCUGAGCAGUCCGAGAAAUUCGUCCAGGAAGACGCCGCCUAUGUGAAGAGCUUGCUUGAUUGAAUCAACGCACACCUGGGCCGCUUGUAAAUAUGUGUAGUGUUAGUAAAAGUCAGGGACGAUAUUGAACUUUCAA